AUGGAAAUUGAAAAACUCGAUAUAGAUUCAAUCUUUGUCAAAUACACGAUCAAUGAAAUACGGGAUAUUGAACAGAAAAUCAAAGAUGAUAUGGAGAGGAAAAAGGAAGAAUUACGAUCGAUGGUUGGAGAACGAUAUCGAGAUUUGAUUGAAGCUGCGGAUGCCAUUUUCGAAAUGAAAACGUGUGCGAAAGGGGUCGAGCAAUUUGUACAUUUACUCAAUGAAAAAUGCGGAAAAAUUGAUCAUACAUUAUUGACGCAACCGUCUUCAUCAAAUUUAAAAUCGGAUAAACAAUUCUUCAAGUUAACAAUUGUUAAUUCAGUCAAAAUCUUAACAGAAACACGUCGACGAUGUUGGACGUUCCUCGAGGAAAAGAACUUUGCAGCUGCAGCUCGUCAAUAUUCCUUAGCUCAGCAUAUGUCAGCUUUGUUAUCCUCGAAUACAAUGGAUGAUCAAUUAGAUAAUGAGGCACAGAAAGCGAUCGUUGCUGCGACUCGUCUAUGGCAUCAAACUCGACAAAUGAAAGCGACGAUUCUAGAAAAAUGUCGGUUGUAUCUGAAGAAUACAGACACAGAUGUUCAAAUCCUUGCCAAUGCUCUGUCAACUCUCGUUGUAUUUGGUAACAAAACAAUCGAACAAGUAUUGAAUGAUCUGUUAUCUGCGAAAUUGGAUAUGAUCAAAGAUUCAUAUGAAAAAGUGGAUAUUAAACAAGCUUCGAAGGAUACUGUUCGACAAUUAGUCGUUCUUUUUAUCAAUACUAUCUUUCAAUUAGAUAUUCUCUUCAGUAAAAAUGAUAAUACUACUGAUAAAUAUGAUCAACUAAAAACACAUGUCUUAACGUAUUAUAAUGCAUCCAAUGAUCAGAAAAAUAAUAAUGUUGUGUCGAAAACAAUCUUAUCAAUAGAACAACAACAAAUGUUGAAUAUGCAGGAAACAUUUUUAAAAAAUUGUGAUCCGGUUGAUCUGAGUGAAUUCGAAUCUCGGCAACAAGAACUCGUUCAGACUAUUGUUGAAAAAUGGUUACACCAGGCGUUAGAUCUUGUGAAGACAGGUUUAGGUGUUUUGCUUAAUCGGGUCACGUCAUUAAAAGCAUUGCUUCAUCUGAAAACAAGUCUUGUAUCAUUGUUAGCCGAAGAACGUAUGCAGCAAUGGAGAAUCGUUUGUAAUCGUCUAUUAAAUGGAAAUGAUAAAGAAAUCCGACUGUGGAAUGAUUUGAUCAAGGUGGAAUUACGUGCACGUGCGAAACAAGUACUUCACGCUCGAUUCGAUCAAUUUAAUCAAACAGCAGUACAAAAGAUCGAACAAUGUCUCGAAGGAUUUCAGAAAUCGGUCAACAAAACUGACAAGUCGUCAUUGGAAUUCAAUGUUUUGGACUAUAUUUGGAGCAAUGUGGAUAAUAAUAUUCCAAGUGAUUACGUUUGGACACCAUCGACAAGUCGUACACCGAUUGGUGAUGCCAAAUUUUCUCUAAAAGCUGUCGCAAUAUCAAUGGAUCUUCAAAACUUAUGUCGAGAAUUAGACGAUGAGUUACGUCAAGUUCUUGACGAUGUCAAUGAAUUCUCUGUUGCUGAUGGUUCAUCAAACUCUACUCCAUCGGAUUCGAUCUUAUCGACAACCAAUACUAACCAAUCGAUGUAUUCGGAUAGUGGCUUUGUUGAAGAACAUUUGGAAGAAUGUGUGAUUCAAUUUUGCACAGCAUUUCUCGCACACUUAAAACAAAUCGCGAAUGAUAACGAGAAAGUUGGAGACGAGGAGCGAACUUUAACGAGUUUGGUUUGGCUGGGCUCAUGUGCUCGAGCAAUUCCAAUUAUUUGCAAGAAUCUCAAAAAUGCACUUGAAUUAGUCAUGAAUAAUGCUAAUGAUGCUACUAGUAGUCCAGCGCUGGAUAGAAAAAUGCGAGGAAUCUCUCAACCUAAACGAACGUUGGAGAAAACUGAAAAAACUUCAUGGUUAAAAACACGUGAAAUGUUCAUGACCACUCAUAUCGAUUUAUUCAAACAAUGGAUUAUUCACUUAAGUGCUAAUAUUGACAUGCACUUGCGAAAUAAACUAUUGACGUUUCUCGACGAUAUGCCAACCUUGAUUUGGGAUGAGAUCGAAAUUGAAGAAAGUCUCGAAAGUGAUAAAACAUACAAGAGUCUGAUUCGUGUUCCAAUGUAUUGCACACCAUUCAUCGAAGAACUCCUAUUCUAUUCUUGUCAACAAAUCAACCAAGCGUUGGCUCAUGGUCUUGACAAGGAAUUGUCUCUGGAAAUGUCCUAUCGUUUGUUACUAACAUUUUUGAACGUUUACGAAUCCUGGUGGUCAAGUGAGAGUGAAAAACGAGCGAAUGUUAAACGUAUUCAGACCCGAGUCAUUCAAAUCGUUUACGAUCUUCGCUUUGUACACAUGUUACUCGAACGUAAAGAUAAUUCGACAAUAACCAAAGAUAUCAAUGAACGUUUUUCGAAACUAAUCGAAACUAUUGAAAAUGAAAUCGAUCCAUUUGAUUUAAACGUUCUUUCUCCAUAUAUGCAAGCGCAUUUACAGAAAAUUGUUCCGCGUUCUUCACUUUUAUUUGGACCGUUGAUUACGAACGAUCGUCUGAUUCCAGCGAAACCAUUGACAAUGAAUACGCAAGAAACGAAUAACAUUCUGUCAUUAUCUUCAUGUUCACAGAGGUUUUCAUUACUUCCGAUCGCUACGAAUCUUCCUUCAACAUCAACUAACAAAGCAAUUGUAUCGAAGGGAAACGUUGUGAAAACGGAUAUGAUUCACCAACAGGAACAUCAUCAAACAAGCAAUGAUUCUAAUUCAGGUUCGUUUCGCCCAUUGACGACGAAUGUGGCGGAAGUCGCGACUUACUAUUCGAAAUGGUUUCAAAAUAUGGUUAAAUAG